GCUUUUCCGUAUGCGGUCUCACAAUCGCGCAGUCUCAUAAAAUUUUUCAAACUACUACGUUGCGGCACAUGAUUGUCGCAUUGUACAUUAAAAUAAAAAUUCAAGUAUAACGGCCAACGUUUGCAAAACGAACAUUUUCACAUAUUUUAAACUACUAUUAAAAUAAAACAAAAUCAUAAGCAACAAAGGCCAGCCGGUCGCGUUUUUUGACUGUUCCUUCGUCCGUGUGUAUAUGUGCACAAUUGUGUGUGCGUGAGUGUGAGCGAGUGAGUUGGUGUGCGAGAGCGCGUAGCUAAUCCAAUCAGAAAAGGGAUAUAACAACAACAGCACCAACAGACGACAGCUGCAGUGGAAAUAUUAAUUUGCACAAUGGAUCUAAAUUUCGCUGAUCUGAAAAAGGAGGCCGCCUCCACAGCUGAGGAUAUUUUCAAUAGCGCCAGCAAGAAGGUAACCAAUACCUACGAUGAUUUAUUGGGUGACCUAAGCGGCGGUGACGGCGGUGUUAGCGGCAGUAGCAGCGGCAGCGCUGCCAACGUCAGCAGCGGAGCGCAGGACGAUAAUGCGCACACCGAGCGUUAUUUUGCCAAUGAGCAAAAAAAUGUGGAUUUCGGAGAUCCGCAGGCUUUUGUGCAACGCAUGUCUGCUGGCGCCAAGGAGGCACAGGAGCAACUGGAUGCGAAAUUUGCCCAGAAAACGGAUGAUUUUGCAGAUUUCUUCAAGGACACGGGCAGUGCCGUUAAACAGGACAUUGGCAGGAUGACCAGUGAUUUUAUGAAUGUGGAGCGAAAUGUUUAUGGGGAUGCACCCAAAGCUCCAGCUGUAGCUCCUGCACCUCCCGUUGCACCUCUCGUUGCACCCCCCGUUGCACCCCCAGUUGCAGCACCCGUUGCAGCACCCAUUGCAGCACCCGCGGCUAAACCCGUUGCAGCACCCGUGGUUGCUCCUUUACCCACUUCAGUGGCUGCACCCAAGCACGUGGAGCCGGAGCCAGAGGUGGAUUUAAUGGGCAGCUUCAGCAAACCAAUGUCUGUUCCACUGCAACCAUUUCAGCCCACAGCGCCAGCCAAUUUCUAUGACGAUGAUGAUGAUGAUGAGUUCUUUGGCAAGCCAAGUUUAAAUGCUGCACCCGUUGUCGCCACUUUUGCCGCAACGGGCAACAAGGAUUCGGAUACAGAUUCGCCAUCCGUUUCGUAUACGCCGUCGCCGGCAAAGAAACCGAUUACGGCCGCGCUUAAGGAGCAAGACAAUGAGAAAUUCAUUUCUUCCGAGGAUCUGGCGAGUGACUUUAAGGAUACGCCACCAGCUGUCCCAGCACACGCUCCAGCACUGGCUCCAACUCCAGUUUCAGUUCCGGCGCCGGCUCCGGCACCGCCUAAGGCUAUUGUAACCGAUCUGGAUGAUGAGGAGUUUGAGGUGAAACCUCAGCCCAAAGUGGAGCCACCGAAGCCCGCUGCCAAAGUGGAGCCACCGAAGCCCGUUGCCAAAGUGGAGCCGCCAAAGGCCAAGACGCAACCACCAAAACAGCAACAACAACAGCAGCAACAGCAACCAAAGAUUGUGUCAGUUGAGGAGAUCUUCUACAAGUACGGACUUGAUGCCUGGUUCAAGCCCGAACGUUUGCACCCGCAAGUGGAAUCCCUCAUCUAUUGGCGUGAUGUGAAAAAGUCGGGCAUUGUUUUUGGCGCCGGUCUCAUCAUUUUGGUGGCCAUCUCCUGCUUCUCCGUGAUUAGUGUGUUUGCGUAUUUGUCGCUGCUGGCGCUCUUCGGCACCGUCGCCUUCAGAAUCUACAAAUCAGUGACACAGGCCGUACAAAAGACAAACGAUGGCCAUCCCUUCAAAGAGUAUCUGGAUUUGGAUCUGACGCUGUCACAGGAGAAGGUGCAACAUAUUGCGGGCGUUGCUGUUGCACAUCUCAAUGGUUUUACUGCAGAGCUGAGGCGUCUCUUUUUAGUUGAGGAUCUGAUCGAUUCGAUUAAAUUCGGUGUCAUUCUGUGGGUCUUCACCUACAUUGGUGCCUGGUUCAAUGGCAUGACUCUGGUCAUCUUGGCCUUCGUCUCGCUGUUCACCUUGCCCAAGGUCUAUGAGAACAACAAGCAAUCGAUCGAUACCUAUUUGGAUCUGGUGCGCACCAAGUUGACAGAAAUCACCGAUAAAAUUCGGGUGGCCAUUCCCAUUGGCAAGAAGCCUGUCGCCGCUGCUACCGAGUCAGACAAGGACAAAUAGAUAGCAACAACUACAAGAGUAGAUGCAACAACAACAACAACAAAAACAGCAACACGUUUAUUUAUUUAUUAAGCAUUAUUUGAAUGGUUUAAUAUAUUCAUCGGGGCAUAACAAAUAAAUACAUAUAUCAAAUUGUAUAAUUACAACUUACAAACAACAACAACAACAAACAUGCAAUGUAAACCCAAACUUAAAACUUAAAAAAAAAAUACAAAAAACAAAAAUGAAGAAAACAUUUAAACAAAAAAAUUAAUAUCAACUCGUAGUAGUUUAAACAUUGUCCAAGUGUCUUUAAGUUUUUAAACGAACGAAACAAAUUUGAAAGAAAGUAAACAAAAAAAAAAACACAGCCACAGCAAUGCAAUUAAACAAACAAAAAGAAAAGAAAAAAAGAAAAGAUUUCCUCAGUUCCAAUCAAAUGUCUUUGCUUAAACGAGAGAGAUUCUUAACGAAGAGAACAUUUUAUUACUUUUAUUUUAAUUAGUUAAAACAAAAUGCAUAUUGCUAUGCAAAAAAAAAGAAAAAAAGAAAUCAACAAAAACAACAACAACAUUGUACACCCAUUUUUAUUAGCAACUUUUUUUAAUUAAACACUCUUUGCUUUAGUUUUAAUUUUAAUUUUGUUGAUUUUUCUAUAAAAAAAUCAAAAUAAAAAAGUGAAGUAAAAAUAUAUAAGU